UUGUCUGACAAUCGCUGUUCAUACACGCGCGUUUGUGCAGGGAUUCGACGUAUGGAUAUCGUGGUUACGAUGUGCACCUAUGUUCAUAGUGAGAGAUAUAAGUGAAUAUUUUGUGACUUAGUGGUAAGGCCAGGUUGUUGCUGUAGGUCUGUGAAAAGAGGUUAUGUGCAUGCGGAAGUUUUCGUUUAGUAACUUGACUUCAUUUCUGCUCUCCCCACACCAGAAGUUUGUGUUUAUGGUUACCAUUAAUCAAGUUACUGUGUUUCUGCUGAACGACAGUACAAUUUGACGGGUUCAGAUGAUUAAUAAACUGUGCCAUCGGGGACGGAUGUAAUCAAUACCGAAGACAAUUUCAAUUGAGUGUGAUGUGGAUUAAAAUAUUUUAUUGAGUUCUAAUUUGUGGAAUCGAAAGAAGCUGAAUUAGUAGGAAUUUAUUUUUGUGUGUGACGAUAAUUAUUGAGUUACUGGAGUUAUAAUUUGUUGUAUUAUUUAUGAGUUUUUAAUCCGAGUUACGGAUUUUAAUUUUAAUUAAUGUUUUGAAGAUAAUAUAGAACGUAUAGGACUCAGAUUCGAGAUUUUUUUUUUACAGAGAUAAUACAGUGAACUGAAUAUGCUACAGGUGUUCGAUAAUCUAAGUGUGUACUCCGAUGACAGGAACCGUUAUCAUCCUGACUGAUAUAUACCAGUACUCGUUUAAUAUAACAAAAACAUAUUCAUGUCUCCUAAAAGCGGCGGUUCUGAUGAAGUUGUGACUGCUUUUCUCCUUUGCUAUUUCCGUCAAGCAUCUAUAAAAAUGUAGAACAGUCACGUUGUUAAGUGCUACCUUCGAUGCAACAAGAUAACUGCGUGCUUACGCUUCAGUGCCUUACAUUUUAUAUUUUUGUUUUGUUUUUGUCAACAGAGUGUAACGUGAUGUAAACGUCAACAUUAAAUUAUGUAUGCCGAAAACAAAGUGAUAUAUGUCUGUGCGUGUGUGAGGUGUUACAUGGGGUUGUUCUGUGAAAUAGUAGUUUAGCACAAUAUGAGAUUAUUGCCUGUGAUGGUUCAUGGGAUGGCGGUCGAGAUGUCCAUCACUUGAUGUCGUUACUACAUUGGAUCGCUGUCAGUAAUUAAGCCCAGUGUUGAUAUAUCAGUGCAGAAUGGCGAGAUCACAUAGUGAAUGGUUUAAUGGGCUGAUGUGUGGUGAUAAUGUUUGGUGUGAAUCGUGAUUAACCCAGAAAUUGAUUGGAUUACUCAAGAAAGAUGUCUGGAUAUUAUGACGGUCCAGCCAACCCGCUGCUCAAAGGGACUUUGUCCAGCGUGGAGCGCGACCGACUCCGGGAGCGGGAAAGACAGGCUCGCGCGCAGAUGUCAUCUCAAGCCGAGCGUGAAGCCGAGAAUCUGGGGGCGCCAUUCUUCGGGCCGCCUGUCAGGGUGCUCCCCUCAGCUGCUGACAAAGUAACCCGGCAGAUACAGAGUAAGUUGGGCGACUAUGAUGCGGUGCAGCAGAUCCUGGAAGAUGAUUCCAAACGCUUGAUUGGAAUUGAUGGUGUCCCUCCCAGCCCUGCACCUGGGGGCACCCAUGCUUUCUUCUCAGCUGCCAGUACACGACUGCAGCAAACUCCGGAAUUCAAGAAGCCAUCUUCACAUCAGCAUGGCAGUGUUGUGAGUAACGGGAGGGUGAACAAUCAUUACCAUCCUCACAGUGCUCCUCGAGGUGGGUUUGUGAAGCCUGCAGAUGGGAAACCGCCUCAUGGGGGUAGGGGCGGAUAUCCUGGACAACCUGUGAAGCAUGGUGGAGGCAGCAAUGAUCAUCGGUCCAAUGGUGGCAUUGUACCACCAAAAGGACCGCCUCAAGGUGGAGGUGGUAGCAGUAAUAGCAGAGUGCAGCAAGUUGCGAGGACUCUUCCAAGAUUAAAUGUUAACCAGAUGUCAGGGCUGGGACAAAGGGAGUCAUCACAUCUGGGUAGUGCUGGACAGCCUGAAGUUGAAUUCAUUCUGAAGGAAAUGACAGAAGUGAUGGAGAUGACCCCUAUCACUGGUAUAGCGACCCCAAGGAAGGAGACUGAAAGCAAGUUUAUAUUCAAUCCUGUUCUUCAGUUGCCGGAGUAUGCCAUGCCACCGACCCGCCAUGCAGACUACAGUAAAACCCAACGGAGCAGCCAACCGCAAUCUCAGAUUCCAACGGACGUGGUACCAGAUCCACUCUCCGACCUGAUCAUCUCAGAUGACAGUGAUGACGAAAAGGUGGUGCUCAACCCCGAGUCCAAGCUCCAUGGAUCCUCGAACCAAAUGGACGAGCCAAGAGGUGGUCCUUGUGCUGCUGCAAUAUUGACCGCUAGUCCAACCCCUGGCACACUAAGUAUUGGCAGUAGACCUACUGAGCCUGUGGCACCCAUGUCCCCGGUGGGUCCUCCCCAAUCUUCAGGGGCUUGCAGCUCAUCCAGCGAGGACGACUCUGAUUCUGAAUCAGACAGUGAGUCAAGCAGUGAAGAAUCGGGGGAUGAGGCGUCUCAUGAACCUGUGGAUUCUGCAAGGGGCACCACUGCCCCACAAGCUCAUUUGUCUCCACAAACUAUGGAGCCAAUGGAAGAGACAAAGCCUCAAGAUAGAUGGAACUUGGAAAGGUUUCUUAAAAGAGAAACACAGUCUCUUGGAGGAGAGCAGCCAGUAGAAAGUGAACAUUCAACACUUUGUAAGCUGGAAUUUGUGAAACAGGAGCCUUCCUCAGCAGCAGUAACCACUGCAGUUCCUAGCAGUCUACCAGAGUCAAACCCACAACAGCCUGCAGUUGGGACCAAAGUGAAAAUAGCGAGUGGUGCAGUAUCAGAUGGCAGUGACUCCAACAAAGAGCUGGACAAUGUAGUUGAGGCUCUUCAGCGCCCUCCUCUUCCACUCUUGUCUAGUCUCUCUGAAUCCGAUUCUGCAGACAGCGCUAAGAAGAAACCAGUGCUCACCGAUACAAGAUCAAGACGGAAACGUCCAACUCUACCCACCCGGGCACCAGAGCUGUCGAGUGACAGUGACAGUGAAAGUGUGAUGAUCAUCAGGGAAAAAACCAGGCCGGCCAACCGAAACAAGACACGUCCUAAGAAGGAACCAAGGACCCCAAGUACAUCAGAUGAAGAGCUGCAGUCUCCAAAACAACCAACUGUAAAGCAGCGAAACAGUAACAGUCACAGUGUUAGGUCAAAACCCUCUCCAUCUCCAGCCCGAUCUGUGGGUAAGGUAGAUGAUCAAAGGAAGAAACAUGGGGAAAGGACUCCAAAACAAACUCCCAACAGGGCUCAAAAGCAGACUCCUAACAGGACUGUGAAACAAACUCCCAGUGUAAGUAGUGAUGUGAGGAAGCCUCCACCUCCAUCACCUAGUGAAUCAGAAGACGAGGAAGCCGUAGUGCCUCAAGGAAGAGGCCAGUCUUCUUCUAGUACAUCAGAUGGUGAAAUUAAGGAUUCUAAACCAUCAGUGAAUGUAAGACCCAAACCACCCCUCUCGGCACCAAGUGGAUCAGAUGAUGAUUCAGAUGGAGGUAAACAAGGUUCAGGAGCAGUUACCAAGCAUGCCAAUGCUCACAGCCGCUCUGAAGAUGAAACUGCGAGUGUUAAACCAAGAGACCAGCAUGCAGCCAGCAGAGAAACUUUCAGUGUAAGGGAAAAACUGCUGUUAAGCCCAUCAGAUGAGGAAGGUGAAGUUGAUAGGAGGAGGGGAAAUGUUUCAACAAGCAGGCCAAAACUUCACUCUCCUUUGCCUCUUAGCGGGUCUGAGGAAAGGGAUGGUGAGUGGACAAGGAAGAACAGCAAAGUUCAGGGCAAUGUUAAGAAGGCUGGUAGAGGUAGAAAUAAGGCAAGACCUGGUGGAAUGCCAGCACAAGAAGAAAAGAAAGCUACUGUUCCAAAGAAGGAGAAGGGUCCAAAAGGUUCUGCCACCAGGAAAAGGACUAAGGAAGACGUUACAAGUGGUCCAAAGAAACAGUCUGGGCCUGGGAGGCCUUAUGCUAGGAGAGGUCAGAAAUCAAAGGCGAUGAAAAGUUGUUAUACCACAACAGAGUCGUCCUCAGAUAGUGAUUGUGAGAUAGACGUUGUAAACACAUCGUCGGAAAAGACUACAAGGUCUUUCAAAGCCAAGAGUCAGCGGAAUCACAGUCCCGAUUCCAGUUCUGACUCUGGCCAGGGCAGGAAGAAGUCAGCCAGUCUGUCUAAGAGGAAGCACUCCUCAGACAGUGACAGGGACAGUGACAGGUCUCGUAUUUUGUCCCGCCCACCUAUGUCGAAGGUAGAAGAGAGUCCUCCAAAGUUGGAUACAGAAGGCAAAGCCAUCCAAGACAAGAAGAAAAGUGAUACCUUGAGAAAACUUUUCGUUCCUACUAAGGGAGGUGCCAAAGGUGGGGCUAAAGGGGGAGCAAAAGGUGGUGCCAAAGGGGGUAUAUAUUGUGCCAGUGGGGGUGGGAAAGGUGCUGGUGCGAAGGGCAAGGGAGGAUCAAAAACUCCCGGUGUUCUUGUAGUGGAGUGCGAGUCAGAAAGGACGUCUUCUUCAGUGGAAGAUGAGGGUGUACCAACCCCAGUGAGCCCUUGUUUACUGUCCCCAUUAUCAGGUAAUGACACAGUAACAACAAACAAGCAAGGAAGUGCAGGUUUUGUUGUAAAUUCAAGUCCAGCGAAGACUGAUAAGUGCAGUACGACGUCUGGAAAGUCAGGUGCAAGAGCACAUAGUUCUGAAAAACCUUCACGGCGAAAGUCCGCAAAAAAAGAGUCUGAAAAACUGUCUAAACAUUCUGCAGCAGUCAAAGUCAGGCGUGAUACUUCGUCAAACAAGAAAACUGCACAAGACACACCAAAAGUGGAACUUCCUUCAAUUGUGUAUCGUUCUGAUGGAAUUCCAAGUAUUAUCUGUCGUUUGGAUCUGUCUAGACUAUCUCAAAUCCCAAUUCCAGGAGGCCCUGGUAAGAGACCUAGUGGGGGUGAAGACGUUAGGGUACGAACAGAAUUAGCAGAUACAAGGCAACAGGGUGGAAGUGACCCAGACCAUAGUAGGAAGGACAAAAAGCAGAGGACUCAGUCACCUACUUGCAAGGAGGGAGACAUAGUGAUACCAAAGUGUGAUAAAAAUAAGAACACAGAUAAAGUGGUACAGGAACAAGGUUGUGACAGUACGACAGUUAAUCAUGAGGCUUCCAAGAAGCAAAAGAAGAGGAAAGUUAGCAGAAAUACUGACAAUUCCAGCACCAAAAACCAACAGGAAAUCAGAGAUACUACACAGAUAGAAGGGAAUGUGAAACCUGCUGGUAAAUCCAAACAUCACAAAAAGAACAGCGAUAGUAAUGGGCAUAAACGUCAACGUGAACGCAAGCCAAGCGGCAGCUCUGUGUCUUCAUUGUCAACAGAAUGCAGCCGAGUAUCGUCACAAGGUGGCAGUGGCCAAAGGCACCGUGAAAGACAUAACCGUGAACAUGGUUCAAGCAAGCGACGUAAAGUUCAACAGCAGCAACCUGAGGAGUCCAGUGAACAUGCCACAUUAAGGUUAUCUAGUCAAAGCACAGUAGCUCUCAAAGAUGUGCCUCCAACAAAUCAUGAGCGAGAAGAUAACAGUGAUGAGAUGGUAGCUGCAGCUGGAAGCGAAUCGCCAGGUUGUUCUCGGCUGCACUAUUCUGAGGGUCCUCUGCUAAGUUACCCCAUACCUCCUGGACAUGGCUAUCCCAUGUCAGCCAUGAACUGGUCACAUGCUACACAGAAAGUGUACUUCUCUUAUUUUGAACGAGAAGAUGACGAUGCCUCGGAAGAUGAGGACAGGGAUCAGAACCAACAGAAUCAGUACCUGAAAGAAGCCAAGAGGUUGAAGCAUGGGGCUGACAGGGAAAAAGACCACACAGCACAGGGAAUGCAGUACCUAGAAGCUGUGCUAUUUUUCCUUCUCACCGGGAAUGCUAUGGAACAUGAGAGUUGCACUGAGAAAGCAGCUUUCACCAUGUACAAAGACACUCUGAGCCUCAUCAAGUACAUUUCUUCAAAGUUCCGAUCUCAACAGAACAAUUCUCCACAAGGCAGCAUAGAUAACAAACUAGAAGUUUUAAGUCUGCGAUGCCAGUCACUGUUGUACCUCAAAUUGUUCAAAAUGAGAAAACAUGAAGUAAAAGAAUAUCAGAAGGUUCUGGCUGAUUAUCAUCAGAAGGCGGCACAACCAACACCACUGCAGCCAGAACAGUGUGGUGGGCAGGUGGUGGGCGGGCAAGGUACUCCUUCCCCAAUGUCUCCUACUCCAUCCCCAGCAGGGUCUGUUGGAUCAGUAGGAAGUCAGUCAUCUGGGUACAACAGCGGUGAUGUGGCUGCAGGGAGAAUGGGUGGUACAGCAGGAGGCAACAGCAUGGGACAGCAGCCCCCGGCUGCCAACAUGGGCCCUUGUGUUGCUGUACCAUUGUUUGUACACUCAGCAAUGCAGAAGCAGAACCAGCACUUCACCUACCUGCUGUCAUGCCAUGAACUGUGGGAGCAAGCAGAUACGCUUGUUCACAAGGGCAAACACAAGUAUUUCUUCAUUCAGCUUGACCAGUGUUGUGGACCUCUUACGUUACAUAGUUCUCUGAACGACUUGGUGAAAUACGUAAGAUUUGGAAUUCAGAGGCUGAAGGACGCAUGCUGUGGUGAUGAGACUGUUCAACUUCAGUGAUGUGCCAAUGGACUGGACUGCAAUAAACUGUCUUGUGGUUUGUGACCACAGCGAAUGUCAAAUGUCAGUGGGCAAAUUGUAUAUAUUAUCCAUCCUUAUUUAACAGUUUGAUGAUAUGUUGACAUUCUGGACUCUUUGAGUCAAGCACUCUUCAGCAUAAGAUACAAAGCACUGGACCAUAUGCCAUGGAGUAAUGGCCUGAGAUGAAGGCAAUACAGUUAACUUGGUGAUCCUUCAUGGAGAUUCUGAAGUUGGUUGAACUCAACCUUUCAGCAGCUUCUAACUAUGGCAGUUCAUGAGUACCUUCAUGUGGAUCCCACUUGAGAACGCUAGUUCCAUCACACUGUAGGAUAAAGAACUCACAGUGACAAUGGAAGUCUAUAGACUCUCGUGGCAGUUUAUCGAGGCUUUAUUAUUUUUUUUAAUCAGUUUUGGGUGAUGUUACUGUGCUGUGGUGGGCUGGUAUAUAUAAGCGUUUGGAAGAGAUCAGAAAGCUGCCUUCACUCCAUGAUGGUGGUGGCUUUUUUGAAACAGCAGACCACUGCGCCAUAAAUGUGGCUUCAUCGUUCAUUACUGCUGCAAACCUUUACAGUAAUAACCUUUUCUGUUUGGUUCCAUUACAAAUAUAUCCAGUAGGAUCUUAUUUUAAUAUGUGUUUGUUUGGUUUCUCCAAAUUUUGAGGCAUCUUUUUAAUAUGAGCAUAUUAGCACCAAUAGCGUUGUAAUUACUGCCCAAGGUUGUGGUCAGUAAGUGAUAUUUUAAAGGCCUUUUCAGAAACAAAGACUUUGAUGGAAAGUGAGGGAGUUCAAUUAUAUUUUCUUUGACCAGCUCUAACAUGACAUUGAAAUAAGCGUUUUAUUAAGCUUCCCCCUGCCAAAACUUGGCCAGUGAAUAACAACAGCAUGGCCAGAACCAGUGUUCAAACUCCGCAGUAUAAGGAUGGAUACAUCAACUUCCUGCCAAGUUGCUAAGUAAGAGUGUUGCAUUCAAGCAUAAUGAACCUGUUGUAAUUCAGUGAGUAACUCUGAUGGAUAAGGAAGCAAUUCAGUUUUAUCCCAUGGUUCCAUUGUUUCUUAACCAUUAAUAUAAAACAGAGGAGCAAAUUUUUUAAUAAUAUUUUGCAAACUGGAUGUUUGUAGACUGUAAAGUAAGUACAUAUUAUUAUAAUAAUUAUUAUUAUUAUUAUAUAUAUAUGCAGAAGCCGUUCCUAUGUUUGUGCAGCUGGACAGGUACGGCUGUUAGAAUGCUGUAUAAAUAAAUAUCGAGUAGUUUAAUUUUCAGUAGGGGGAUUUUCUCACUAGCAACAAUACCAUAAAACAAGGGUUGUAUAUUUUUGUAUAUAUCAUAGUGUUGAGGUACUAUUGCUAUAAUUAAAACCAAUAUGAAGGUCAACGAGUAAGAAUGUCAAUAUGUGGAUAGUUAGACGGUAAUGUGUUGGGUAAGACAGUGUAAAGUAGCAUGUCUGAAUUGCAUUUGUUCAAAAGAUAGAAAAAAAAAUAUGAAACAAAAUUAUUUAUGUAUUUCUUUCUGUUCAUGUAACUUUUCUUUAAUUUUUGUUUCAAUCUACUUUAUAAAGUUUAAGGAGGUUCUUUGAUUACGUGAGCCCAUGAUAGCAUAAGCAUUUAGCCUGUAGUCAGUUCCAUAUAUUUUAAUUAUAAUGUUGUGAUUGCUCAGAUAUUGUACUGCAGUAUACCUUUUGCCAGUAGUGCAUGUUUUCCCUGUUUAUUAUUAUGGUUGAUACUGAUGUUAUGUUUUUGUGCAUAUGUAACUAAAGUAUUUAUUUGCCUCCUUUGUAAUUUAUCAUUUCAUACUGCAAGCUCAGAUGUGUUAUGGAAGAAAGUAAAUGAAUUCCCCAGAGGAUAGAAGUGGAAACUGACUGUGCCACAUUUGCUUUCAAGGGCUCUAUAUUGAGGUUUUGUUUUGUAGGACAUCCUUAAACCACAUGUUAACACUGCACACAUUGCCUGCACUGCUUGCAAUGCUUUCAUCCUGUUUGAGAAUGACCAUGCAGAAUACUUCACAUGGUUAUGGCAGUGUAUUACCAGUAUUUGAAAUGGUUUUUGUGUGUUGAGAGAAGUGUUUUACACAUUUAAUUCAUUCUGAAAACAUGUAAUACACUACUGUAGUAUAAUUCCAUUCAUUGUACCAUCUCCAUCCUCGCUGUUCGCAGUAAAUUUCCACAUGUCUACCAAUUCCAUUGUCAAGGUAGAUCUAGAAGUUGACAGAAACCUGUAUAGCAUCCAUGACACCAUAUUUAUAAUUUUGCAAAUGAAAUUACAUGCAUUGAAGGUUGUGGGAACCUGUAAAAAUGUAGACAGAGACACUGAUUGAAAGGCAAAUAAUACAUUAGUGGCAGAGGCUUGGUUAAUUGUUGGGUUCUUGGUUACAAAGCAGAUGACAAGUUCCCUUCGGUUCUACAUUUGUGGCCAGACAGAGACAAUCAGUAUUCAUGAAUUUCUGCUGUUUGUGUUUCCUGUUGGGAGACUUAUGAAAAGUAAAAUGGAGUAACAAGUUUAGAAAAGCAUAUUUCAGUUGAAAGUAAACACAUGAAGAUACACUCUUUGCACUUAUUAUCCCUCUUAUUGGAGAAAUGAUUUUCUGAUUUGGAAAUGUUUGUCUUCUCCAUCUUGUUCUACAUUCCA